AUGCCAGAAGAGCUGCAUUACUCUACAGUGGUUUUAAAACAUGUCUUCACCAAAAGCUAUAAUGCACUCCUAUUUUUGCUAUUCCUAGUGGAGGAGGGCCCUGCUCCCCACUCUCAAAGCUUUGGAGGAGUGGCAGUGUGUUUGGGGGUUCUUUGUGUCCUGUUGGUGUCAGCCAUUUUACCUUUCUGUGUCUACUGUGAGUAUGUGGAUCAUAAAGACACAAUAAUAUGGAAUUUGGAGAGGUGCAGGUUGAGUAAGCAUGUCCUUCUCUCCACAGUCAGCACUGCCCUCUCAGAGCACAACACAAAUUUGGUGAGGGAACUGGAGCAGCUAACAGAUGAGCAUAUAUCCCUACUGGCAGCCAAUCAGGACCUAAUGAAUCUCUACUGCAAGCUGAGUGUAGCCAAUCACAUUUUGCAGAGCGAUUACAUCAAUGUUUCUACUGAAAACCAGCAAUUGAAGGCAGAGAGGAUGAACUUGUCAAGAGACAGGGAUGGGCUCAACUGGACUCUUGGGGUCAUAUUUCAGUUGAAGAAUUUCCCAGUUGAUAACUACUGCCCACAUGAAGAUGCCAACACCAAAGGUAAAGUUUCCAUCCUUGUUAAUAUCUCCUCAUAUAGAGAGUGCAAACCUUGUCAAGUUGGCUGGGUGCUGUUCCAAUCCAGUUGUUACCUGUUUCUGCACAUUAAAGUCCCCUUUGGUCACCUUUGGAGGACCUGGCAAGGAAGCAGACAGCACUGCAAAAACAACAAUGCCGAUUUGGUUGACAUAGGCAGUCAAGAGGAACAGGAAUUCAUUCUCAACAACACUCAAGCCUACUAUGAUGAAGAUCAUGGGUACUGGAUCGGCCUGACUGACAUUGCAGAAGACGGUCAAUGGCUUUGGGUUGAUGGACGUAAUCAGAAUCUGACUGAUGGGUAA